AUGUAUUUGGUUAAGAUAUUGGCUUCUGGAGUUAUACAGAAAAUUGCUAAAACGGGGUCACUCUGUUGUGUGGCUGCAAGGCCACAUGGAUCACAUGCAGCCAGUGGGGACUGGUCUGUGGGCCCACAUGAGCCAUACUGGCGAACAAACACUAGCUUUUCGCCACCUCCAUCAAGAUUGGAUAUCCGGCUUCAAUUUGAGGGCCUACCUAAUGGUUUACGGGACAGUGAUCAGCUGUAUCGAUCGUCCACAUCUUCAAACAGUAAAGGAAGUAGGGGAUGGGUGAGAGGCAACCGUCUCUACAAUCAUCAUUAUUCUGCUUCUGAUGGUGCAGAGCUGUUUUUAAGUAGUCCAUCUGACCAGUCUCAGGGUCCCCAAUGGACACCUCCAACCAUACAAGAAAUCAAUGUCGAGGACUAUGGAACUCCGACUAGAAGGGAUCAAGCUUCGCGGUCGUUAUCUUUUGCACCCAUGAUGGAGGGAACCACGGUGAAUCAAGAUAGUUUAGGUUCUUGUUCGUCCCGCUCAGACAGUAGUGAGUCAGAACCUGCAUUUAAGUCAUGCAUGCGCACUCACCGCAACAUCUCAAGCCGCCGUUUCUUCAUAUCCAAGCCGAUUCACCCACUCUCCUUUCCCACCGAUAGUCCUGCUAGAGAAGCUCCUGAUCCUGUGGCUGCUGGAAUCUUGGGGCUCGAUGCUUCCUCCACUCCACAAAGAGAUGCCCAUCGUUGGAGCAGCAGCAGCAGCAUCGACUUGACAGAUGCAUCGGAGCCAUUGGAAUCUGAAAUAUUUGGCCGAUCCUCCCACUCCCACUCAUCUGAUGAUGCUUUCAGAUGCGGAUUGUGUGAGAGAUUCCUUUCACAUAGAUCGCCGUGGAGUUCACGUCGGAUUGUAAGAAGUGGAGAUAUGCCAGUCGCUGGGGUCCUUUCUUGUAGUCACGUUUUUCAUGCAGAGUGUUUGGAGCAGACAACUCCUAAGACGCGGAAAAGUGACCCUCCUUGCCCUGUGUGUGCGAGAGUGGAUGAAGAGAAUUCCCCGGAGUUGCGAGUUAUUUCCAAAAUGAAGAGUGGUUUUCCUAGGCUUAGAACAUUUUCUGAGGGUGGGCCAUCUAGGCCUUCUUGGGGUUGUACACAGGUUGGCGAUUGCGUUGAAGGAGCACUGCAUGCACCUCCUCGAAAUGCCAUGAUAUUGCUGAAUAGGAAUCGAGUGAAGAAGAACCUCUCUCUUAAGGGCACCAUGAGCAAGGAAUAUCCUGGUAAGUUGAGAAAAACUGGUUCCCAUUCUUCGCAGUUUAGCAGUAGAAUAUUUAUGGAUCAGAAUCAUCAGGCAGCGGUCGAGUGCUCUAAUUCAAAGGCAGGCCCGAGCUUGAAUAUUGGAUGACCACUUGUGAAAGAGUUAACUUCUAAUUGUAAUCACGUAGUUUUAUCCCUGUGAUUUGCCUUUUUGGCUGAAGGGUUUAUACCAGUAGGAUUUUGAGACUAGAGAAACCUAGUGUUGUUGUAUGCUUGUGACAUUGUUACUUGCUCAAAUCAAGUAUGGGGGGUUCGGUGA